AACACGGUCGGUUAAUUCCAGAGUUGUAUAUACGUCAUGAUGGUAGGUCUGAAAGCGGGAUAAGUUAUGGUUGACUGUCAUAAGAGCAGGAAGUCGAUGGAAUAUUGAGUACUACUAGAAGAGCUAUACCGUCGAGACCAGUAAAAUUUGGGACCUGCAUAUUUUUUAUGUCUAAUUUGAUCAACGAUACUCGGUUAAGGGACGUCAAAGAAACGUGAAAUCAACGUCGAUUUCGACUACGAAAAUAAUAUUGUCGCCUUCAUCGAGGAAUGAUGUGUUUAAAACAUUUCUUUUCGCUCUGGUGGGUGGCGAUGGCGUUUUUCAUCUGCACGAUGUUUUCGGGUGUUCAUACAAGCCUAUCGGUGUUCAUAGAUGAUGUUUCGAUAGACCUUCAUAUGACCACUGCUGUGAUCGGAAUUACAUUGGCGACAUAUGUAGUUCCUUUUGGUAUCUCAGGACCAAUAGUGUCUUACGCUCUCAACGUUGUAGGAUGUCGACCGGUAAUAAUGAUGGGUGGUGUUGUGCUGUCUGCAGGAAUAUUCAUCAUGGCAUUCGCAAGGCACAUUGCGUUCAUUUGGAUUGGAUACAGUCUGCUUGGAGGGAUUGGAGGAAGUGCCAUCUACACUGCAUCUACAGCUACCAUUCGACAGUACUACUCCGACCGUCACUAUGCUCUAGCUAAUGGUGCGGCAAUUACAGGCGUCUCCAUGUCGGUGUUUGUCUUUUCCCCAGUUCUCAGGGUCCUUGCUUCCUACUACGGAUGGAGGGGGGCUUUAGUGAUUGCUUCGGCCAUAUCGCUUAACACUGUUGUCAUUGGUGCACUCAUAAAACCUGAGGUCAUCAGGAAACGAAGACCGGUGGUCAGUGAUGACUGCAAAGUAUCCAACCUUAAUCAUGACAAUGAUGAAGAUGAUGUGAAAAACGGCACACAUGAACUCCUGCUUCGAAAAACUUUCUCUGACCAACAACCUACUUCCUGUCUGGAGUCUUCAGAAACAAAAGACUUAGGCUCUUCUGUGGGAGCUGCCGAAAACCGUAGUGAAUCGUCUGACACUGAAGAAUGUUAUCCAUCAUCAACGGGUAUUCCAGCCCAUGGUGAUGACCGUCUCUGUGACUCAGAUAAAGAUAUCGACGAAAACAAAGAAUUGGUAGAAGGUCUAGUAGUUUUGGAUAGACACGUUGAUGUCAAGUCUGGCAUCUCCAUGACAAAGGACAAUAUAUGCUCUCGAUCCAAUGUCUCUGGAGAAGACAAUCUUUCGAGUUGUCAAGAUUGCACCGGUAGUCAAACUGGAGUGAAUGAUAUCCCAAACGAAUAUCAUAACCUUGAGAAUGCAAAGGUUGUUCGAUCUACUUUUAGAAUAUCCAAUCUUUGCAAGUUCAGUGCCAAACCCAUCAGCCGGACAACUUCCAUUUGCCACGCUGCACUUCUCGUCGCCAUAUUUUUCUUGUCAGGUACCUACAUGACCUGUAGCAUCUUCCUUGCCCCUGCUGGAACGCAUGGAGGACUCUCUCCCAUGCAGGCAGCUACACUCCUCUCUGCCGUAGGGAUUUCUCAAGCCGUUGGCCGUUUUUCCAAUGGCAUCAUAGUGAUGAAAGGGUAUGUGAAAACCACGCAUCUGUACAUAGGAGCACAGAUACUAAUGGCAUCGUCCUCACUAGUCCUAGGACUCCUGAUAAGGGUUUAUGCGGUUGCUGUCUUGGCAUCUUUGACCCUCGGGGUGUCUGCAGGGACUAUUGUCUCACUCAACAUCGUCAUGCAGAGGGUAAUCGAUGACUGUGCCAAUUCAAUCUCCUUAGGAUGGCUUCUCCUUGUCGAAGGAUUUGGAGGUCUUUUCGGCAGUUUGGCAUUGGGUUAUCUGAAGGAUGUGACUGGUAGCUUUCUGCUCACUUUCGUUCUGGCUGCAGUUUUCUCGUCACUGUCUGCUGCCCUCAGUGUUUUCAUCCUUAUUCUCAAAAGACGGGAAGCAACGACAUUGAAGAAGGGCAAACCCAGAACCAAAGCUAUCUAAUUUUCCUAAAGCUGUUUCUCCGUUUUCAUGAAACAAAAAUGUUGGCACGACAUUGGCUCCUGGCUUUAUUCCGUCUAAGAUGUAAGGUCGCCAUGCUCCACCAAAGUGCCAGCAAAGACCGUGUUGGGUCUGUAAUCAGAUCUUGCGACUUGUUCUGUACUCUGAGAAAAGUUGUUAGCAGCCACAAUUAUAUGAUACAAAAAAACACAAAGACGAUAAUUUGUCAUUCAAUUUACCUAGCACAUCUCCACUUCACUGUGCAUUAUUGUGUGCGAGCAAUUUGAAAUAUUUUUUGAUUAUCUAUCAACAUCGUCAUCAUUGUUUUAAUCUUUAUAUUGCUAUUCUUAUCUUAUUAUUUGACGUGUACAACCUAUUAUAAAGAGUAUUAUAUGCGUAGAUUUCGAGCAUUUUAUAUUAUGCUUCUAAAUAACGAAUUUUUAAUGCUUAAUUGCUUUUAUUAUUUUCAUAAUUGUCAUGUUAAAUGAGAUUGGUUGUAUUGUAAACUAUAGGCUAUAAUGUACAUUAUGAAACAAGUAAUUUGAAGAAUGAAUCGGUCUUUGAUGUGAAAAGAGAGAGAAUCACAAAUACUCUUCAUAUAAUAAAAUAAGACUAUCCACUGCAAUUAAGCAGUGAGGGAAGGGAAGAGAAUGUGCAGACAUGCUACAGUGGAAACCUGAAAACUGUUACCUGGAAAACUACGUCAAGAGGGAAAAAUAAUUUCUUAAGAAUACAAGAAAAAAAAAAUCCUCUAGUGUGUACAGGAGACUAUGGACAAAUAAAGAAAGUGACAUGAUUGAAGAAUGAAUUGAGGGCGCUCGAGAACGACAAUGGAUAAGAGUGAAAUAGAGAGGGACAGUAGAGAGAGAGAGAGAAGA